AUGGUUUCGAGUAAGCCAGAUUACUCAGGACGAUGGUCAAGCUACGAUCGUCCGGUAGUUUUCAAAAUUGCCGGAUCGAAGUGGGCCGCGCGCCCUAAGAGCACCCCGGCAAUUUUCCAAUUCGCCGGAGUGUGUCAUGCACCGGCCCAGGGACUACAAAUUCCAAAAGUCGCUGGCAACACUAUGGAGAUAUUAGAUAUUAUCUUUCGCUGA